GCCUGAUGUGGGGCUCGAUCCCAUAACGCCGGGAUCACGCCCUGAGCUGAAGGCAUACGCUUAACCGCUGUGCCACCCAGGCGCCCCAAACGAUAUGUUUUUCUAUUUCCAUGUUGUGGAGGGUGCACAGCACUCUACUUUCUCAUUGUUUCCCCCAUAUACUGCCCUGGUUUUCAGAUCAAUCCCCAAGGACCUUACCCUAGGCCCAUCCACCACACCCUGCAGCAGGUCCAACCUCAGCAGGCUCCAGCCACACUGGCUACCUUUUAGUUCCAGGGAAAGGUUCUUACCCUUCUCUGGUGUUGCUGAGACUUUCCUGUCUGGAAUGCUAUUCCUACCCCUUUCCCCUAACUCCUGACCUCCUUGCAUAGGCUUCAGCUUAAAUGUCACCUCUUCAGAAAGGACAUCCUUUUCUUGUCUAAAGUAUGUCGGUUUGCAGCUUGUUCACUGUCCUUACCAUACCUACAGCUGUUUUGUUCCUUUGUUGCUUGUUUUUUUGUUUCCCCUCCACUGGACUGUAAACUACAUGAGGUCAGGGAUCAUCUCUAGCUGCUGCUUCCAGUCUCCAGCACCUAGCCCACUGCCUAGCAUGGUUGCUCUCCUAAGUACUGUGGAAUGACUCAAGCCACAGGAACCACGACACUGAAAAUAACUGGCAGCGCGGUGUUCUGCGCUACCACCUUCGGUCCCCCCACGCUUAGCGGUCCGCAUUUCAGCCCGCAGGAGGGAGUGCCCGAACCCACUAUCCGAGUCCUGAUUGUGCCAGGGGAAUGGUUUCUAGGGCGACAGCAAACGGGGUGGGGCCUCGGAACGGAGAGCCCUGCUCCUCUGAGAGGUGGCGGCGCGCAGAGGGGAGGCGGGCUCUCACGCGCUGGGAGGGCGCGCGCGGCGAGGGGCUCAUGCAGGGCCCUGGAGCGGCGCUGCUCCUGAGCGCGGGGGAGCUGGGGGUCACGCACCUGGGCUCCGCCGCCUGGUACUGCCAAGAGGGCGGCUGCACCAGUUCCCCCGCCCCAUGGCCUUGGGCGUGCCACUCCGAGUUCCGGCCUCCCGAGAUGCAGCCUUGGCCCGGGCCCGCCCCCGCCUGUCCCGAGGGGGUUCGCGCAGGCGGCAAACGCUGGGCCUGCAGUCUCGCCUCCGCGUGCCGCCUAGGCCACGCCUUCGAGUCGCUGGCCCAAGGCACCCACGCCCAGAGCGCCGCGGAUCUCCGCCCCCUCGGGUCACCGCACACUCCGGCUCCAGAUGAUCCCCAGUCGCACACUCCGGCUCCAGAUGAUCCCCAGUCGCCGGACGGUGAGGCCCGUUGCGGCCCGCCCAUCGUGGCCGGAGGUGGUUGCAAGGACGAGAAGACUUGGGGUUCGCUUGUCCUCUGGCGAGGAUUCUCCAAGCCAUCUCACCACAUGGGCCGGCUCAGAAACGCCAGGAUCCACGUGGAGAGAGCUGUCAAGCAGAAAAAGAUCUUUAUGAUCCAAGGCCGCUAUCCAGUGAUACGGUGCCUUUUGCGCCGGAGAGGCUGGGUGGAGAAGAAGAUGGUCCAUCACUCCGGCACCACCCUGUCACCACCCCAGAAGGAUCUCAAUAGCUCAGUAAUGGGUGAUAGUGACACCACUGAGGAUGAGGAUGAAGAUGAGGAUGAGGCAUUUCAGCCACCACAGCUGUUUGACUUUGAUGAUUUACUGGAAUUUGAUGACCUAGAUGGGACACAUGCUCUGAUGGUGGGUCUAUGUCUCAAUCUCCGGAAUUUGCCAUGGUUUGAUGAGGCUGAUGCUGACUCCUUCUUUCCGCGCUGCUACCGCCUGGGGGCUGAGGAUGACAAAAAGGCCUUCAUAGAGGACUUCUGGCUGACAGCUGCCCGCAACGUUCUCAAGCUGGUGGUAAAGUCCGAAUGGAAGUCAUACUCUAUCCAGGCAGAAGAGGAAGAGGCUCCAGGAGACAAGCAGCCCAAGAAACACGAGAAAAAGCCAGUGAUGGUGUCCCCAGAGUUUGUGGAUGAGGCUCUGUGCGCCUGUGAGGAGCACCUUAGCAGCCUGGCUCACAUGGACAUCGACAAGGACCUGGAGGCGCCACUAUACCUCAGCCCUGAGGGCUGGUCCGUCUUCCUCCAGCGCUACUACCAGGUGGUCCAUGAGGGGGCAGAACUCAGGCACCUCGACGCUCAGGUCCAGCGCUGUGAGGACAUCCUGCAGCAGCUGCGGGCCGUGGUGCCCCAGAUGGACAUGGAAGGAGAUCGCAACAUCUGGAUCGUGAAGCCGGGAGCCAAGUCCCGAGGACGAGGCAUCAUGUGUAUGGACCACCUGGAGGAGAUGCUGAAGCUGGUCAAUGGCAACCCCAUGAUGAUGAAGGACGGCAAGUGGGUGGUACAGAAGUAUAUUGAACGGCCUCUGCUCAUCUUUGGUACCAAAUUUGACCUGAGACAGUGGUUCCUGGUGACUGACUGGAACCCCCUUACCGUGUGGUUCUACCGUGACAGCUACAUCCGCUUCUCCACACAGCCCUUCUCUUUGAAGAACCUUGACAACUCAGUGCACCUGUGCAACAACUCCAUUCAGAAGCAUCUGGAGAAUUCAUGUCACCGACACCCGCUGCUGCCCUCAGACAACAUGUGGUCGAGCCAGAAGUUCCAGGCCCACCUGCAGGAGAUGGGGGCCCCAGACGCCUGGUCCACCGUCAUCGUGCCUGGAAUGAAGGCUGCUGUGAUCCAUGCCCUGCAGACCUCCCAGGACACUGUGCAGUGUCGGAAGGCCAGCUUUGAGCUCUACGGUGCUGACUUUGUGUUUGGUGAGGACUUCCAGCCCUGGCUGAUUGAGAUCAAUGCCAGCCCCACCAUGGCCCCCUCCACUGCUGUCACCGCCCGGCUCUGUGCAGGCGUGCAAGCCGAUACCCUGCGUGUCGUUAUUGACCGGCGGCUGGACCGCAACUGUGACACAGGAGCCUUCGAGCUCAUCUACAAGCAGCCUGCCGUGGAGAUACCCCAGUAUGUGGGUAUCCGGCUCCUAGUAGAGGGCUCCACCAUCAAGAAGCCCCUGGCAAUGUGUCACCGGCGAAUGGGGGUCCGCCCAGCACUCCCUCACCUGCUGACCCAGAGAGGCUCUGGGGAAGCCCCUUACCACUUCCCCAGCCUCCACACCAAGGCCCGGCUGCCUUCUCCCCAUGUGCUCCGAUCCCAGGGGGGGGUCCUCAGACUGCAGCACAGCAAGUUGGUGGGCUCUAAGGCCCUGUCGACCACAGGCAAGGCCUUGAUGACUCUACCUACUGCCAAGGUUUUGAUUUCCUUCCCACCAAACCCUGAGCUCAAGUUGGCAUCCAGCGUCCUGAAACCAAGAAAGGUGGGCCUUGAGCUUGCCUUCAUGGUCCCCAUCCUGGAAGUGCCUUGUGGCCUCUACCCUUCGAAGUUGGAAAUCUUCCUAGCACCCACGGGAAGAUCAAGGCCAAAGGCAAGUUCAAGGCCAGACUGUGACAAACCCAAGGCUGAGGCAUACCUCAUGAAGACACUGAGCCUUCCAGGACCCCUGCCUUUUAUCAGUGCAUACCAGGGGCUAGGGGGUAUGGGGGAACAUAAGGCUAGAGAAGCCCUUGCCUCGGUCCUCACUGCCCCUAUCCUGGAUGCAGCGCCAAAUAAAAAGGAGCAAGUGAAGUAUCCUGGGCUUGGCUCCAUUUCUAUUGGAGGGUGAAGAGAGGGUAGGCUGGGGCCCUAUACCCCAAGGUCCAGAAUGAGAGCUAGAGGCCAUCAGCAACCCUUCCACAAAGCAAAGGGCCAGAAUUCCACCCCUUAGCAGACAUGGGUCUCCUACACAGAGACUCUCUGGCAUCUCUAUCUUGGAUUGGGGGAUAAGCCUCACUUUGUAGAUGAGGAAAUGGAGUCUGAGCAGGAGACAUGGCUUGCCCGAGAUCAUGUGGCAGUGAGAAGCGUAGGUAACAUAUUGCCAGACUGCUCAGCACUGGGAGAUCCUCAGUCCCUGAGCCCAGGGGAGAGCCUAGCAGCAGAGUGACAUCUAACAGGCAUGUCUCAACACCAGCCCUUCUCUAGAGGGAGUUGGUCACGGUCACCCAGAAAAGAAAUAUCCAGCCAGCCGCACCCAUCUGAAAAAACUUUGGUGAUUCUUUGUAGUGAGUUGAAUGGUAGCCUCCUCUCCCCCAAAAGAUACAUAUGCCUGGAACCUAUGAAUAACUUUAUUUGGAAAAACAGUCGUCAAAGAUGUGAUUAAGUUAAAGAUCUUGAGAUGAGAGUACUCUGGAUUGUCCAGGUGGGCCCUAAAUCCAAUGACAAGCGUCCUUGUGGAGAAGACACAGACACAAGAAGACCACGUGAGGAUGAAGGCAGACUGGUGUGAUGCAGCCAUGAGUCAAGGCUUAUGACCACCAGGAGCUGGAAGAGGCAAGGAUUCAUCCCUAGAGACUUCAGAGAGCACAGCCCUGUUGACACCUUCAUCUCAGACUUCUGGCCUCCAGACAGAUGUCUGAGAAAACCUGUUUCUGUUAUUUUAAGUCACUCAGGUUGUGCUAAUUUUGUUACAGCAGUCCUAGGAAAUGAAUACACUAGUCAAGUGAAGAUAAUGUAUACUCCAGCAUCUCUUGCAUUACUGAACCAGGAAAUGCUACAAGCAGGUUCACCCCAGUGUUGUAACAGCUGAAUGAUGAUAUUAACAGAAUGGGUAAACUGGUAUGGUCCUGCACUGGAAUUCAAACCCACACCAUACAUCACAGAUGCAUUUCACAGUGUGGAAUAAGAACAAGUCACAAAUAUAUAUAUACACACAUACACACA